AUGGCAGGUAACUUUGCUAAAAGAGAAGGGAACGUAUUUGAAGAAAUUGAAAUUGAUGAAGGUAAAGAAAUUUUGGUGGGAAAUGAAAGGACUGUUUUUGAAGAAAAUGAAGUGGUUGUAUUGGAGAAUAGUGAAGAAGAAAACGAGAUACAAGUAAUAUCUGUGACAGAAAUUCUUUAA